UUUUGCCCAGUCACACAAACUGACCCAAGAAAGCAAGGUGAAACAUCUAGAAGAAGGCUAUAGUUGCAGGAAGAUGGCUCUUCAGUCAAAUCAGGAUGUUAUUUCCUCAGCAAUGCAGGAGUUUAACAAAUUACUGAAUCAGCAGGAUUUCACAUAUGCUGUAAUCUCUGAGAAAGACAUGGUUACCAUUGUGGACGACUGGAUGAACUACUACCUUUCAUUCUUCUCACAAAAGAUGUCAGGGGAUCAACAAGAACAGGAGAGAGCCAUGCAAAAACUUCAAGAGGAGCUUCGGUCUUCUGCCAACCCCUUCCUGGACAAGUACAGAGCCUUCCUAAAAUCCCUUUGAGUCUCCCCAUGUCUCCCAUUCCUGUCCCAUGUUUUUAUUUCUAAGAUAUGCCCAAUACUGAACCCUCUAACAAUCUUUUCCUCUCCCCUGAAACCUUGUUGUAUCUCAAUUUCCUCCAACCCUAAAGGAUAUAUACUUCAAUAAAUACACACAUGGGAAUAUCUGA